AUGGCGAAAGAUUUCCAUACAUUGCAAAAAGGUGCUGUUGUCCACCACAUCGCCGAAGCCCACAAACUGAAAGGUCAACUCCCUAAAGGGAUCAUGGAAUCUUUGGCAACAACCAUUCGUUUCGUCACGCUGAAUUGCCGAUCACUAGCGAGUGAACUCCAACAAGCCGCUCUAUCCAGACUUCUGCGAUAUCUCUGUGUGCCUUUUGCUGCACUGCAGGAAACACGCAUGAGAGAUCGGCCCGUCAUCAGCAUCGAAAAUUACACCAUAUACUGCGGCGAUGCUGAUGAGAACAAAGCAGGUGGCUGCGCGAUAACUGUGAGGAACGAUUGCAACAACCUGGCAGAGGAAUUUGGUUCAACGUCGUCUAGGUGCUCCUUUCCCCGACUGCGAGAUCGCAGAGGACGUACUCUGGAUCGUAAGUGCUCACCCACCUACGGAAACCGCUGA